CGUUAUUAGCCACUGCCAUUAUGUAAAUAGAUACCUUGUAUCAUCUAACCAAACAUCAAGCUACUAUUUUCAACUAUAGUAGAACAUUUUACAGCCAUAACUACUGAUUUUCCGAAACAUUGCAGCAUGUUCGCGCUACAAUUGGUAUUGUUACUGCGCCCAGCACGCCGCUCGUUGGUAAAUGAUCUAAUACGUCUUCAUCUGGAAACAAUAGUCUUGUAAUUUGCCAUACGGUGCUCUAUUGAAACUAACAAGAUUUAAGACCUGCCAUUUAUAUCAUGAAAAAAAACAAGGAGCUCAUUUUAAAACAGCUUCCACUUUUCAGCAAAACAGAGAAAUAAGAUCCGGUCGGUCAAACAGGAAGUGAGGAGAUACUGAUGGCGCCCGACUAGAAUGGAGGAGCAAUUAUCGCGUACAACUUCUUAUACAGUUUUGUCGUGUCUACUAAGUCAUAAACAAAUUCAACUCGCAAUACACAAUGGAAGGGGAGAUAGAGGUGGAGAGCAGCAGUGAUGUGGGUCCGUCAGGGUCCGGGAUGGAGGAGCCGUCGGAGAGCGGUAUGGGCAUGGAGUCGUCCGAGGCCAUGUCUGCAGACAGCAGUGACGCAGCGGCACCACACGCCUCACGCCACCACAGCCAGCACCGCCAUGGGCACGGUCACCAUGGGCACGGUCACCAUGGCCAGGCCCCAGAGUCAGACUGCCAUGUGGGACAAAGCUCAGAGGGUAUCCCGGCGUUCUUACCAGAGACCAGCUCCAGUACAGACGUCACCCACCACAGAGCCACCGUCCACCUCCCAGACUCCUCCUCUGUGGCCCAGUCCACCAGCGUCUCCACCGUAACCCAGUCCAUCCUGGUGUCCGGGUCGGCCCAGGUGACAGUCCACUCCAGUGCAGCGGUGUCAGACUGCGGGGGCAUGAUGGUGUCAGACUGCACAGCCUCUACCUCCUCAGACCUGGGAUCAGCCAUAGACAAGAUCAUAGAGUCCACCAUCGGACCUGACAUCAUGAACGGAUGUAUAGCAGUGACCAGUGCAGAGGAUGGAGCUGCCGAGACCAGUGAGGGGCAGUAUUUGAUACUACAAGGACCAGACGAUGGGGCCCCUAUGGUAGCCCACAUGUCGUCCUCGGCUCUGUCCAGCCAUCACCGCAUCGCCAUCGAGGCUCUGGGAGAGGGUCCUACCUCCACCUGCCACGACCAGGGGGACAUGCAGGAUAACCUGGAUCCAGACCAGCCCUCUGGGAGUCACUCUCACUCCGGCCACUACCCAGACCAUGAGGACCAGGACAACCAGCCUCAGCACUCCCACGCGUCCCAGUACAUGGAGUGUAGCGGUGGAGAUGCGGACGGACCUGAUCAGACUGGAGAGUCCUCCUCCUCGUAUGUAGACGAUGAGGAACCCGACCAGACACGCUCCUCCCGCUCCCUCGUCCGGUCCCGUUUCCCUGAGUACGGUAUAGUCGACAACUCUGGCCAGGACCUAAGGGGGUACGUGGAGUGUAGUGGUAGCGGUGCCACCGACUCCAACCCCUCGUCCCCUGCCCGCCUACGACACACCCACUAUAUGGUGGACUGCAGCGCGGGGACGGGGGCGUACCUGGAGUGUGCCGGGGACGAGGAAGAGGAUUCGAUGCAGCGCCACUCUCGGAGCCACAUCGACAGCAGCAGCAGUGCUAACCAUUCCCAGAAUCACCAAACUCUGUCUAACCACUCCCAGAGUCACCAAACCCUGCGGCAGUAUGUGGAGUCCGGGGCUGCGGUUGCAGAUUCAGAGCAGCCCGGUUGUUCCAACUCCCACUCUCAGAGUCACCAAACCCUGCGGCAAUAUAUGGAGUCUGGGGCUGCAGAUUCGGAACAGCCACGAUGUUACCAAUACCAGGCUGAGGAAGGGCAAGGAGAGGACCCAGACCAGAACCAGGACCCAGACCAGCCACAGCACUCUGACCAGCAGCAGCCUCAGCACUCCCACUACAUGGAAACCACCAGCAGCAGCACUGGCCCAGAAGGCGAGGGUUCCACCACAGACCACCACCACCCCCAGGCAGACACCGCGGACUCGGGCUCAGCAGAUCAUCCAGAGGCUAUGGAGUGUUCUGAGAGCCAGCCUGGCCCUUACAUCAGUAGCAGUGGAACCUACUCCUACCAUCCGGAGCCUGAGGUGGAAGAGGCCCCUGAACCUACAUGGUCCCCCAGUUUGGAGAGGUCCUCGAGGAGAGAGGAGGAUGGCGGCGUGGUGGGGGGCUCUGGGGCUCCAGUCGUGGAGGAGGGGGCUGGGAGCGGACCAGGGGUCGCUGUCCCCCACACCAUGGCUGAACUGGAGGAGAUGAUGGAGGUGGUGAUCGUUCAGCAGUUUAAGUGCAAGAUGUGUCCCUACAAGAGUGUCUCCAAAGACACCCUCAUCAACCACAUGAGAGACAGGCACUUCAAACCCACAGGUGGCCCCCCUCCUAAGAAGCGUGGUCGUGGUCGGCCCCGGCGUAGUGAUACGUUGGCCCGUCAGCAGGCUGAGGUGAAACCAGAGCCCCAGCCUGAGGAGCCAGAGGACGAUGACAUCGUAGACGCUGGGGCCAUCGAUGACCCUGAAGAGGACAGUGACUAUAACCCAGCAGAUGAGGACUGUAGGGGCAGACAGCCUGCUCUCCUUCGACAACCUGUCCCCCCUCCCUGCGCCUCCUCCUCCUCCACAGACCGCCCCAGACGCAGGGUGGGACGACCCAGGAAGUUCACCUACACAGAGGGCAGCUACAACGGCAAGGAAGCAGUAGCAGACGGGACGUCAAAGCCUAAGGGGAGUGUGGAUCCUCAAGGCUCGGAGGAGGCCAGUUCCUCAGGCCUGGGAAACGGCCCAGGUCCCUUGGCCAAUGGAAACACAGCGGAAGCCGGCAUCAGCCAAUCGGACUCUGAGAACAAAGACCCGUCGUCCAAUGGGAGGCCAGAAGAGCUUUUCCCAAGGAAACGGGGUCGACCCUCCAAGCGGUUCAUCAGAAAGAAAUACAAGAAGUACAUGAACCGCAAGUACUGUAAGUCUCUGAAGCCGCUCCUGAGGCCUCACAGUUGUUGGAUCUGCGGCUCUCGCUUCCUGUCCCAGGAGGACCUGAGGUUCCACGUUGACUCUCACCAAGGAAACGACCCAGAGUGCUUCAAAUGCCUGCAGUGUAACUACCGCUGCAAACGAUGGUCCUCGCUUAAGGAACAUAUGUUCAACCACCAGGGGAACAAGCCCUUUAAGUGUGAGGAGUGUGACUACAGCAGUGUGUAUAAGAAGGAUGUCAUCAGACACUCUGCAAUACACAACAAGGACAAGAAAACAAAGUCUGAGUCAUGUGGUCUGUCUGACUCUCAGCAGGUAUCUAAGGUGUUGUCGUUCCCGUGUCCAGUGUGCCACAGAGUCUACCCCAUGCAGAAGAGACUCACUCAGCACAUGAAGACACACAGUACCGAGAAACCACACAUGUGUGACAAGUGUGGGAAGUCCUUCAAGAAGAGAUAUACGUUCAAGAUGCAUCUCCUCACACACAUCCAGAGUGUUGACAACAGCAGGUUCAAGUGUGAGUUCUGUGACUAUGACUGUGACAACAAGAAGCUCUUGCUCAACCACCAGCUGUCCCACACCAACGACCGGCCCUUUAAAUGUGACUACUGUAAAUACUCCACCUCUAAAGAGGACUUCCUUGUCUCACACCUGGCCAUCAAACACACAGGAGAGAAACCGUUCUCCUGUGAGAUGUGCCACUUCAUGACGAAGCACCGUAAGAACCUGCGUCUGCACGUCCAGUGUCGCCACCCGGAGGCGUUUGAGGAGUGGAGCGCUACGCACCCUGAGGAGCCCGUCAGGCGGAGGAGGAGACCCUUCUUCACCCAGCAACAGAUAGAGGAACUCAAACAGCAACAUGACGACACACCGGGCCUACAGAACACUAUACUGGCGGUGGAUCCUGAUACACUACAAGCCAUGCAGACAAUGCAGAACGCCUCAGUCUCCCAAGAUGCAAUGGGAAACACCACCAUCAUCUACGAACAGGCCGGAAACUCAGACCUGUCAGCCCAGAAUGCUCUGGAUCUGCUGUUGAAUAUGAGCAACGCCAGAGAGUUGGUGGGAAACUCACUGCAGGUACAGGUGUUGAAGUCGUCUGACUCCAAUGUUCUAGAAGCAGGCUCCUGGACGGGCGUUACCUCGGCGACAGGGGGAGGGCAAAAAGUAGUGACCUUUCACGUGUCUGAGACCGGCGAGACCCUGGUGCAGGAGGUCCAGGAUGUGCAGGAGGGUUAUGAGGCAGGGACCAAUGAGAAUGGAGAGAUCACCCAGGUGGCCAUCCAGGCCUAUGAUGGGGCAGAAGGCUUCAGUGUGUUGGAACAGGUGGAACAAGCUACAGAGGAGAUCCACAGCACCGGACCUGGGUACAGCAGUGGCGAGUGCAGUCCUCAGCCCAUGGAAGAAGAGGAGGAGGGAACAGAAAUAGUCAGAGAGAAUGGAGAAAAGUACUACCUGACCUCCGGGCUAGGGGACGGGGUGCUGCAGCAGGUCGAGCUGAGCAGUGAGGCCCCGGGUUCUCCCUCCAUGGUGGGUUCUCCCCAGCAGAACCAGCUCAACCCUAAGAGGUUCUCCUGUCGUAUCUGCAUGGAGUCGUUCCACGGCCGCAGUGACAUGGAGAACCACAAGAGGGCCCAUAUCGACCCCUCCACAUUUAAGUGUCCUGACUGUGACUUCACUGCCUCCUCCUGGCCAGUUGUCAAGACCCACAUGGUCAUGCAUGCCUACCUGAGACCUCACAAGUGUCCCAGCUGCAGCUUUGCCUCCAAGAACAAGAAGGAUCUGAGGAGACACAUGAUGACGCAUACCAACGAGAAGCCCUUCACCUGCCAGAUCUGUGGACAGAGGUUUAACCGUAACGGCCACCUCAAGUUCCAUAUGGAGCGACUCCACAGCCAGGACCCUCCGACAAAGAAGAGCCGCUCUGGUGCAGGCUCCCAGCAGACCAUCAUAGUUAACAGUGACGAGGAGGCUCUCGCCACGCUACAGUCAGCUCUGCAGGCAGGACAGACUAUCAGCCCAGAGCAGCUCCAACAGGCCUUGGGUCAGGACCACAUCAUAGUGUCCCAGGAACAAACCUUGGGUCAGGACCACAUCAUAAUGUCCCAGGAACAAGGCCUGGGUCAGGACCACAUCAUCAUGUCCCAGGAACAAACCUUGGGUCAGGACCACAUCAUAGUGUCCCAGGAACAAGGCCUGGAAGACCAAGAGGAGGCCACGUACAUUCAGCAGAUCACCACAGUGGACGGACAGACGUUACAGUACAUGACAGGAGACAACCAGGUCCAGUAUAUCAUCUCUCAGGAUGGAGUCCAACACUUCCUACCUCAGGAGUACGUGGUGCUAGCAGACGGGAACCACAUCCAGAUGUCAGAUGGCCAGAUCAUCCAGUAUGAGCAUGAUGGGGCCUUCCUGCAGGAGCAACAGAUUGCCCUGAGUCAUGACGGGCAGAUCCAGUAUCUUCCCAUCAGUUCAGAACAACAGAUGGUCAGUCCUGAGGACCUGGAGGUUGCUGAACAUUCUGCCGUUACUGCGGUAGCAGAUGCAGCCUUACAACAGACCCAGACGGUCUAUACAGAGGCCACACAAGAACAGCUGGAGCAGCUACAACAGCAGGGAAUCCAGUAUGAUGUCAUCACCUUCACCGAUGAGUAGAAGACCCUCUGUCGGACGGAUGGAAGUCGGGAGGGAUGGCUCUCUGUGAUUGCGGACUUGUCUCCUAGCCUGAUGUCCGUAUGUAGUGCAGGACUAGUACGGUGGAACCACGAUGACCAGUGACCUCCAGCAUGGUUUGACAGGAUCGGCCCGAGCGAGACUGCAGAGAAUCUAAAAAUCAUCGUGUAAAAUCAUCCAAAACAGCUACUCAUUAUGCGAUCAAGAUUGGCAGGGUCUUGGCAGGGUCUUGCCUCGGUCCAUCCCCUAGAACACACUGCUCUACUCUCUAGAAGCUCUGCCGUGCUUCAGAUACCCAGAACCCACUCCUCUACUCUCCAGGAGCUCUGCCAUGCUUCAGAUACCCAGAACCCACUCCUCUACUCUCUAGGAGCUCUGCCGUGCUUCAGAUACCCAGAACCCACUCCUCUACUCUCUAGGAGCUCUGCCAUGCUUCAGAUACCCAUAACCCACUACUCUCUCUCUAGGAGCUCUGCCGUGCUUCAGAUACCCAGAACCUACUGCUCUACUCACUAGGAGCUCUGCCGUGCUUCAGAUACCCAGAACACACUGCUCUACUCUCUAGGAGCUCUGCCGUGCUUCAGAUACCUGGGAUGAAAGACGCAGCCCUAGAGAGGAUUCUAGUGGCUGGUAGAUCUAUCAGUCAUAGUGGGAGUGUUAAAUAGAUGAACUCUCACUGUUAAGUAGAUCUAUAAACAGAAGCUUUUGUCAAUUCUAAAUAUUGUACCCGUCGCUUCUAAGUUAAUCAAUAGGGGUUGAUGUACAUUAAAGAACAAAGUUACACACGGUUGGAUGAUCUAGACUGUGUCUGAAAUGCCACCCUAUUUCCUACAUAGUGCACUACUUUUGACCAGGGCCCUUCAAAACUGGUGCACUAAAUAGGGAAAGGUUUGUAUUUUGGUACGUAGGCGUACUCUGUAAUUAUUUAAGAUCUGCGGUUUCCUCAACACCUGCUUUGACUUGCAAGACAAUGUCACAAAAGAAGAAAUGAAAAUGGACUGUGUGAAGACUGCCUCUGGAGGAUCGGAGGACUGUCAGACUACAGGGUUGAUUGUGAUUUGUGGUUUAAAAGAAGUGGUUUAUCAUUUGGUCAUUUGUACAUAUCUUUUUGCAUAUGAAGCAUUUUGUUCCAUGAUUUGCUUAAAUGAAAAAUUGCUGAAUAAGCUAAAAGCUGAUGCCAAAUAAAUCACAACAUUUACAUAAGAAUCAUUUUGCAGACGCUCUUAUCCAGAGCGAUUUAGAGGAGCUAUUAGGGUUAAGUGCCUUGCUCAAGGGCACAUCGACAGAUUUUCCACCUAGUUAACGCAAAGAUUCAAACCAGUGACCUUUCGGUUUCUGGCUCGGUGCUCUAAUCGCUAGGCUAGCUGCCACUACAUUCUGUCAGAUCUUUCACUUCCCUUAUUGUGAUUUUGUUUUCUUAUGCUUUCAUUUUGACCAGAUAAUUUUGUUUUUUCUAUGACAAAAACAUUCUAGAGGUAUUGUGAUACUACUCGAAACUGUGAUACCUGAGCUGGUACCGUGACAACAGUACAACAAUCUACUCUAAGCCAAUAAUAAGUGUUCUGAAACUUGUAAAUUACAAGUUAGAGAGACACCCCCAAAUGAAGGAAGUGAAUCACAAGGCUGGUCUCGGAACAAUACAGUAAAAGACCUGUCAACUCCAGUUGCCUUUUUUUGGUUGGUGACUAGGAUGUGUGGGGACAGCUGCACAGCCUCAGUGAGUACUUGACUGAAGAUGAAGAUUCUCUUUCUCUUGAUUCUUCUAUUAGGUGAGAUUUUAUCCAGUUUUGUCUCAUUUAAGAUUCAAAAAUAUAUAUGUAUGUAUAUAUAUAUCAAAUUUGCGAGAGACCCAUAUGAAAAAAUAAUCUAGUAUACUGUAGUGUUUUUGCAGACUGUACUAUACUGUAGUAUUUACUGUAGUGUUUAAAUAUAUUAUUAUCUUUGGCAUUGAGGCUUUCUCCUUCAGGAAUCCUACUGGAGAAAUACUAAAUCCUUGUUCACACUUCAGACCUUAAUGCUCUAAUCAGUUCUGUUUUCAAAAUCUAUUUUGGACAACUGACUGUCUGAACAGCAAGUUACAAAUGACCAAAUUAGAUCUGUGUGUUCAGACAGCAGUCAUUUGCUGACACGGCUACGCUAGUUGUCAUAGUAACGACAGGAAGUUUCACAGUUGCUUUGAAUGUUCAAAAUCAUAGUGUAUAAACACUUUUAAAGCCUCAAAGGACAAAGAUGAUCCAACUUUCAAAACAAAUCCUUUUUGUUUAGUCACAGCAGUUAACUAGCUAGUUAGGUACAGCGCAUUCAAAAAUAAUUCACACCCCUUGACCUUUUCCACAUUUUUGUUUUGUUACAGACUGAAUUUAAAAUGGACUCAAUUGAGAUUGUGUGUCACUGGCCUACAUAUUACCCCAUAAUGUCAGUGAAAUUGUGUUUUUUUUUUCUAAAUGUUUACAGAUGAAUUUAAAAUGAAAAGCUGAAAUGUCUUGAGUGAAUAAGUAUCCAACGCCUGUAAUGGCAUGGACUCACUCUGUGCAAUAAUAGUGUUUAACAGGAUUUUUAAAUGGCUACCUCAUGUCUGUAGCCCACACAUACAAUUAGCUCUAAGGUUCCUCAGUCGAGCAGUUAAUUUAAUUUCAAACACAGAUUUAAUCACAAAGUCCAGGGAGGUUUUCGCAAAGAAGGGCACCUAUUGGUAGAUGGGUAAAAAUAAAAAGCAGACAUUGAAUACCCCCUUUGAGCAUGGUGAAGUUAUUUAUUACACUUCAGGUGGUGUAUCAAUAAACCCAGUCUCUACAAAGAUACAGGUGUCCUCCCUAACUGAGUUUACUGGAGAGGAAGUAAACCGCUCAGGGAUUUCACCAUGAGGCCAAUGGUGACUUUAAAACAGUUUAUAGAGUUUAAUGGCUGUGAUAGGAGAAAACUGAGGAUGGAUCAACAACAUUCUAGUUACUCCGCAAUAUUAACCUAAAUGACAGAGUGAUAAGAAGGAAGUCUGUACAGAAUACAAAUAUUCCAAAAUAGGCAUCCUGUUUGCACUGAAGUAAAACUGCAAAUGUGGCAAAGAAAUCAACUUUGUCCUGAAUACAAAGCUUUAUGUUUGGGGCAAAUCCAUGGUGUUGGCUGCGUCAUGUUAUGGGUAUGCUUGUCAUCACCAAGGACUAGGGAGUUUUUUAGGAUAAAAAUAAUCGUAGUAGAGCCAAGGACUGGCAACAUCCUAGAGGAAAACCUGGUUCAGUCUGCUUUCCAACAGAUAUUGGAACAAUGCACCUUUCAGCAGGAUAAUAACCUAAAACAGUUGUGAUUUAAAUCUGCUUGAAUAUCUCUGGCAAGACUUUGAAAUGGUUGUCUACCAAUGAUUAACAACCAAUUUGACAGAGCUUGAAGAAUUUUGAACAAAAUAAUGGGCAAAUAUUGUACAUUCUAGGUGUGCAGAGCUCUUAAAGACUUAACCAGAAAGACUCACGGCUGUAAUCGCUGCCAAAGGUGAUUCUAACAUGUAUUGACUCAGGUCUGAAUACUUAUGUAAAUCCAAUAUUUUUUUUUAUGUGCAUAAAAAUCUAAAACAGCUUUUCACUUUUAUUAUGAGGUAUUGCGUGUAGAUGAGUGAGGGAAACAUAUAUAUUUAAUAUUAAUUAAUUGAAUUCAUGGUGUUAAACAACAAUGUGGAAUAAGUCAAGGGUUAUGACUCAUUUCUGAAGGCACUGUAGGAAGGUGGCUUGAAAUGGCUUUUUGGCUGUUCACAAUGCAGGAAAAAUAACAGAUUUGAAUGAGAGAUGCAAAAAAAAACUUCAAACUGCCCAUGGAAACAAGGCUUAAAAGAGCACAUUUUCCAUAACCUGUAGGUAGGACUGGGGUCUGAGUGGAUUCUUCUCUCUUUUCAAUAAGCUGUAGACAACACAAUAUGUUCUAUACUUGGCAUGUGGUCCUUCUGUAGCUCAGUUGGUAGAGCAUGGCGCUUGUAACGCCAGGGUAGUGGGUUCGAUUCCCGGGACCACCCAUACGUAGAAUGUAUGCACACAUGACUGUAAGUCGCUUUGGAUAAAAGCGUCUGCUAAAUGGCAUAUAUUAUUAUUAUUAUAUAUUAUGUAGGUCUCUCACUUAUGGGUGGCACAAAAUAAGAUAUGGGGAAAGAGCAGGGUGCAUUCAGAAAGUAUUCAGACCCCUUGACUUUUUCCACAUUUUGUUACGUUACAGCCGUAUUCUAAAAUGUAUUAAAUGUUUUUUCCGCAUCAAUCUACACAGAAUAAAAAAAAAAACAGUUUAGAUAUUUUUUUAUUUGAUCAAAUGUAUUCAAAUACCUUAUCUACAUAAGUAUUAAGAUCCUUUGCUAUGCAACUUGAUCAUCCUUGAGAUGUUUCUACAACUUGAUAGGAGUCCACCUGUGGUAAAUUCUAUUGAUUGGACAUGAUUUGGAAAGGUAAACACUUGUCUAUAUAAGGUCCAACAGUUGACAGUGCAUGUCAGAGCAAAAACCAUGCCAUGAGGUCGAAGGAAUUGUCCGUGGAGCUCCGAGACAGGAUUGUGUUGAGGCACAGAUCAGGGGAAGGGUACCAAAACAUUUCUGCAGCAUUGAAGGUCCCCAAGAACACAGUGGCCUUUAUGGUAGAGUGGCCAGACGGAAGCCACUCUUCAGUAAAAGGCACAUGACAGCCCGCUUGGAGUUUGCCAAGGCACCUAAAGGACUCUCAGACCAUGAGACACAAGAUUCUCUUAUCUGAUGAAACCAAGAUUAAAUUAUUUGGCCUGAAUGCAAAACGUCACUUCUGGUGGAAACCAGAACAAUACCAUCACUAUGUUGAAUCAUGAUGGUGGCAGCAUCAUGCUGUCGGGAUGUUUUUCAGUGGCAGGGACUGGAAGACUAGUCAGGGUAGAGGGAACGAUGAACGGAGCAAUGUACAGAGAGAUCCUUGAAUGAAACCUGCUCCAUAGUGCUCAGGACUUCAGACUGGGGUGAAGGUUCACCUUCCAGCAGGACAACAACCCUAAAUACACAGCCAAUACAAAACAGGAGUGGCUUCAGGACAAGUCUCUGAAUGUCCUCGAGUGACCCAGCCAGAGCCCGGACCUGAACCUGAUCGAACAUGAAAAUAGCUGUGCAGCGGCACUCCCCAUCCAACCUGACAGAGCUUGAAAGGAUCUGCAGAGAAGAAUGGGAGAAACUCUCCAAAUACAGGUGUACCAAGCUUGUAGUGUCAUACCCAAGAAGAUUCAAUGCUGUAAUUGCUGCCAAAGAUGUCCCUGAGAUGGAAGCACAGCAGAGGACGGUGGUGAAUGGACAAGCGUUGCUGAGAUUUGUCUUUCCUCCUUUCUACAACGGUUAUGAGAAGUUCUGUUCUAAACUAUAUCCUUGGGGAGUUUCUGUUAUUGUGAAUACCAGAGGAUAUGUCAACGACUUCUACGAGGGAAGAGUAUCCACAACCGAAUACAACGGUGGAAUGGACGUUGUGAUAUGGAAUUUAAAGCCAGUGGACACUGGCGACUACAGGUGUGCUAUUGUCACCAUUGGAUGGAAUCAUAUCUACAAAGACUAUAACCUCCAGAUUGAUAGUGGUCGACGUAGCGGUCCAGUAUCCCCUCGACCUCCGGUCAGGUCAACCAUCAGCCCCUUCGUCUUCUCUUCCUCAUCAGACACCUCUGGGCCUGUUUUCACCAAGGACCACAGUGACAGCCCCAGUGUUCCCUGGAGCUUUGGUUUACCACUAGCUGCAGGUCUUUGCAUCGCUAUGGUGAUUGUGAUCAGCUCAGUAGUCCUUGUUGUGGUUCAUCACAAAAUCAUCACGAAAAAGAAAUGUGGAGCAACUUCCAGUGACUCAGCUGCACACAUCCUCUCAGAUGUCCUUCAGGAGGAGAGCAGUAUUGUCUACACCACAGUGGACUUCAAGCCUCAUGAGAACCAUACCACUGAGCUGUAUGCUAACCUACAGACACUCCGCAGCCCCAGAAGCACCGACUCACACAGAGAGCCUGCUGGGACAGUGGUGUACUCCACACUGGCGAGCAACCAACGCUGAACCCCAUUAUCUUUCUGAUGAUCCCAGAACUCCAAUGUUUGAAAACCUGCAUUGUAUAACCUCAACCUGGUUUAUGGCUCUAUUCAAUCAGAUCCACUUUAGUCGAUGAUUAAAGUGGGUUUUUUUUUUUUUGCGGUAUUGGAGGUGGAACUGCCUACAGGUUUAUCAAAUCCACAAGCGGCUCCGGGCAUUAUACCUAAAGGUGGACACUGCCAUUGACUGCACGGUGUCACAAUAAUAGAAAACCCACGCAGCUUUGUUUACAAGUUUGAACACUGCAAUGUGAGAUGUAAUCUACACCUCGAAUUAGGCUGAUCAUAAUUUUUUUAUUUGAGCGUCAUUAUUUCUGUUUAUAAACUGGGUGGUUCGAGCCCUGAAUGCUGAUUGGCUGACAGCCGUGGUAUAUCAGACCAUAUACCACGGGUAUGACAAAACAUUUAUUUUUACUGCUCUAAUUACAUUUACAUUUAAGUCAUUUAGCAGACGCUCUUAUCCAGAGCGACUUACAAAUUGGUGCAUACACCUUAUGACAUCCAGUGGAACAGCCACUUGCAUCUAAAUCUUUUUUUUGGGGGGGUGAGAAGGAUUACUUACCCUUACUUACCCUAUCCUAGGUAUUCCUUGAAGAGGUGGGGUUUCAGGUGUCUCCGGAAGGUGGUGAUUGACUCCGCUGUCCUGGCGUCGUGAGGGAGUUGCGUUGGUAACCAGUUUAUAAUAGCAAUAAGGUACCUCAGGGGGUUUGUGGUAUAUGGCCAAUAUACCACACCUCGACGGGCCUUAUUGCUUAAAUAGCGUACAUAUUCUUGCUUUGAACUUCUAACAGGAGUGGGACGGGUGCGAUCAUUGUCACGCAGACACAAGAGCAGCUGCUCACCGAUUUGACCGCUCAAACACAGUUCCGACACCGCCAAAACAUCAGCUGUGCGGGUGUCAGCUAUCGCCAGUUAACGCUUGAUUAGCCCUCAUGUUGAUGAUGUGUUAAUAUCAUGGGAUGGUCAGUCGUUGCAUCCACAGCUCUGUCUAUUCAUUUGAGAGUGGUUACAUUUCUCUAGGCCCAUCCCUCAGCUUUUAUCCCAAACAGAGGAGGGGUUUCAGAUAAAGAUUCUAGCUUUAAUGUGAUUUGAUUUAUAUCUAUUUUGACUUAUAAACCAUACAAAUAAAGUAUGAAUCCGCUGCACCAGAA